AUGAAUCAAACACUGAUGAUGGAAUUCUUGCUUGUGAGAUUUACUGACAAUCAGAUGCUGUUGAGACUUCAUGCUGUGCUCUUCUCACUGAUCUACCUAGUGGCCAUGUUGGAGAAUUUCAUCAUCAUUUUCCUCACAAUUCUUGACCAACACCUCCACACCCCAAUGUAUUUUUUCCUUAGGCAUUUGUCCUUCUUAGAUCUGUGUCUCAUUUCUGCUACAGUACCCAAGUCUAUUCUCAACUCCAUCACCUUCACUGACUCCAUCUCUUUCCUGGGGUGUGUGUUACAGCUCUUCCUGGUGGUGCUAAUGGCUGGGUCAGAGAUUGGCAUCCUCACAGCGAUGUCCUAUGACCGCUAUGCUGCCAUCUGCCACCCUCUGCAUUACGAAGCUGUCAUGAGUAAAGGGGUCUGUGUCCAGUUGAUGGCUGUGUCCUGGUUCAAUGGAGGGGCCUUGGGAAUCUUGUACUCAGCUGGGACAUUCUCUCUGAAUUUUUGUGGAUCCAGUAAAAUACAUCAGUUCUUCUGUGAUGUUCCUGCCCUACUAAAGCUCACUUGUUCUGAAAAACAUGCAACUAUUGAUGCCAGUGUGGCCAUUGGGGUCUGUUAUGCAUUUUCAUGUUUAACUUGCAUUAUGAUCUCCUAUGGGUAUAUUUUCUCCACUGUGUUAAAGAUUCCAAGCAGAGAGAACCACUCCAAAGCUUUUUCCACCUGCCUGCCCCACCUCAUUGUUGUGAGUGCAUUCCUUCUAACAGGCGCUGUUGCUUAUUUAAAACCAGCCUCUGAUGAGCAUUCUCUUCUAGACUUGCUGGUGUCUAUAUUCUAUUCCAUGGUACCCCCAACGUUGAACCCUGUUAUCUACUGUCUGAGGAACAAGGACAUUAAAUCAGUUCUAGGAAAAGUCCUAUGGAAAGUUAAAAGCAGUCCAGUAAUAGAAAGAUGA